AAGACCCACAUCAAGAAUGAUUUCAUUUAGUCGUUCUCAUGUUCAAUUAUAAAAUGGUUAUGUGUUUGUUCUUUUUUUGGGUGAAUGGUUAUGUGUGUGUUCUUGCUCCAGUAAUUUAUGCUCUCUUGGGUCUUUAAAGUGGUCCAAAGAAUUAAUGGUUCAUGCUUCGACAUCUUGAUCAUUAGAAAUGGGAAUAGCAAAUUGUUUUAGAACAAUAGUAUGCGCGAAGAAAUCGAAAAAGGAUAGAUCCAAAAAAGAAAACUCAAGUAGUGAGUUGAGGAAUCAAAGUGAGAAAGAGCUAAAGAAUCAUGGAAGGCCAAUUGAAGAAUCAGCUGCCUCUCGGAUUCAAUCUGCUUUUCGUGCAUUCCUGACAAAAAAAAGAUCACGGAGCAGUACUACUACUACUGCUACUACCCAUCAGAAUCAGAAAUGCACAGUGAGAUAUCAGGAUUUGAUUCAAGGUCUGACGGUGAAAGAGCAAGCAACAGCUGCACUAAGCUAUAUACAUUCAUGGUGCAGAAUACAAGAAGAAAUCAGAGCCCGUAGACAGUGGAUGGUCAAAGAAGCCAGGAUUAGGCAAAAGAGACUUGAAAACCAGUUAAAGCUCGAUGCUAAACUUCAUGAAUUGGAGGUGGAAUGGUGUGGUGGUACUGAAACCAUGGAGGAGAUCAUUAAUAGGAUACAACAGAGAGAAGAAGCUGCAAUUAAGCGAGAGCGAGCCAUGGCAUAUGCAUUUUUGCAUCAGUGGAGAGCCAAUGCAAGCCAGUAUCUUGGCCAGACAUCUUUCAAUGUUGGCAAAGAAAACUGGGGCUGGAGCUGGGUGGAGCGUUGGGUAGCAGCCCGACCAUGGGAAACCCGGUUGGCUUCUCACUCUACCAAUCCAAAGAAAGUUCAGUUCAAGCUGGUAAGCAAAUCAGAUAAAAUUGAAAACCAGUCAGACAGGAAAGUAUCAGUUUCUGCAAAUCCUGUUUUGUCAAAUAGGAAUUGUAAAAACAGAAAAACUUGCUCCACACAUCUGCUCAAUAGCUGAGCCAAAAUAACUCAAAUCUUAAAAAGGUUUGGAACUGAAGAAGAGAUGAACCAGCAGAUAUUGUAAAAUAGCUUUGAAUCAGUGGCAUGAAUUCAUUGAAAUCUUUUCAUGUUUUUGUAUUCUGGUUUUUGCUAAUUUGAUGAUUUGGUGUGAAUCUCUAUGUUGGAAUGUAGAAGUACCAUGGCUUGUUUAUGAUUGAUUUAUCUUUUUUAUGCACAUAAUAAAUGGAUAUACAUUUGUGUACAUAA